GGUUGAUAAUGAUAAUGAUCAUGAUCGUGCCCCAUCUUCUUUGUCUCUUUCUCUCUCCUCCCUGAACACUACUUGUGGUUCCAGGGCAAAAGGGUCUUCUUCUUGUUCGGUUUAGGAGCGCGGGUCUGAGCUAUCAACCCUCCAUUGCCACCAGUAUGAAGCUUUACCAACACAAUCACAGAGGAGGAGCUAUGGUUGCUCUCUGUGUUCUGCUUCUUCCUAUAUUGUUUCCAAGUCUUUUCACUCCACUGGGUCAUGCCUCACCUUCCAUACUCUCGGAAUGGAAUGCUCCAAAACAUAGGCAUGCACGCCUACUCAAGGGUGCUUUACAGAGCCAAACUUCAAAUGAACAGCAAUAUGAUCUAUGGAUGCCCUUGGCCAACCAAGGAUGGAAACCCUGUGUUGAAUCAACCAUUGCCUUCGCAUUACCCAAAAGUUCACAGGGAUACAUCCAAGUCUUCCUUGAUGGAGGGUUAAACCAGCAGAGAAUGGGGAUAUGCGAUGCAGUUGCUGUUGCUAAAAUCCUGAAUGCAACUCUUGUGAUCCCCUAUCUUGAAGUAAAUCCUGUUUGGCAAGAUUCAAGCUCAUUCACGGAUAUUUUUGAUGUGGAUCACUUUAUCGAUGUGUUGAAGGAUGAAAUUUCUAUAGUUAAAGAGUUACCGGAAGAUUUCUCUUGGAGCACUAGGGAGUACUAUGCUACAGCCAUUCGAGCUACCAGAAUCAAAACUGCACCUGUGCAUGCUUCAGUUAACUGGUAUAUAGAGAAUGUUUUGCCUGUCCUGCAGAGUUACGGAAUUGCUGCAAUUUCACCAUUUUCUCACCGAUUGGCCUUUGACAACAUGCCGAUGGAUGUCCAACGCCUACGUUGUAAAGUCAACUUCCAAGCAUUAGUUUUCGUUCCUCAUAUCAGAGCUCUUGGAGAUGCUCUUGUCAAUCGCCUCCGGUAUCCUUCCAGGAAAAAUGAAGUAGUCAACACCAAUUACCUUAGGGAGGUUAUUGAUGCAAAAGAAAAACAAGGAAAGGGGAAGUUUGUUGUCCUACAUCUUCGGUUUGAUAAGGAUAUGGCUGCCCAUUCUGCCUGUGAUUUUGGUGGGGGUAAAGCAGAAAAACUGGCUCUGGCUAAGUACCGUCAAGUGAUUUGGCAGGGAAGGGUCCUAAACUCUCAGUUCACUGAUGAGGAGCUGAGGAGUCAAGGGCGCUGUCCACUGACUCCAGAAGAAAUUGGAUUGCUGCUAGCAGCUUUGGGCUUUGACAACAGUACUCGUCUGUAUCUUGCCUCCCACAAGGUAUAUGGUGGGGAAGCUAGGAUCUCAACCUUAAGAAAGCUAUUUCCACAAAUGGAAAACAAAAAGAGCCUUGCCUCUGCAGAGGAGAGGGCCUUGAUAAAGGGAAAGGCUUCUUUGUUAGCUGCAGUUGAUUAUUAUGUCAGCACGAACAGCGACAUCUUUAUUUCUGCUUCUCCAGGAAAUAUGCACAAUGCAAUGGUUGGCCACCGUACGUACCAGAAUUUGAAGACAAUAAGGCCUAACAUGGCAUUAUUAGGCCAGCUAUUUCUAAAUAAGAGCAUGAAUUGGUCAGAGUUUGAGCAGGCAGUAGUUGAAGGGCACCAAAACAGACAAGGGCAGCUAAGGGUACGCAAACCGGAUCAGUCUAUAUACACUUACCCUGCUCCUGAUUGCAUGUGCCAUGCUUAAGGUGACACCUACCUGAAGAAUGUGAGAGUGCCUUACAUUUAUCUUGUGGUUUGUGGAACUACAACCGCGUUUGUGGUUUGUAGUACUUGAAAUAAGAUGCUUCCUCUUUUCGCCUAUAUGUAGAACCAUUCAUGUAUAGCGUGCGUGGAGUUCAAUGAUGUGGGAACUGUUGUUGAAUAUGGGGUCGUCAUUGUUUUAUGUUAUGGAUUUGAGAAAACGAUGGAUGAAUAGCAUUUCUAAAUUACUUGAUGUAAUAUAUCAUUCAUUAUUUGCAAUUGCUUGUCUCAGCUGUGCUUAUCAAAGUUAUAUAUGUGUUUUUAGAGUUUCAC